AUGAGGAGCCCUCACAGCCGGCUUUUUGCCCGGCGAUCUUGGACCUGCAUGCAGUGUAGAGCUUCGUCCUCCUCUACGGGCGCAAAUGUUCGCAAGCCGAAGAACAACCUUCCCGACGCCCCUGCGCGAACGCGUUUUGCGCCGUCGCCAACCGGAUACCUUCAUUUGGGAUCUUUGCGGACUGCGCUGUUUAACUACCUUCUUGCCAAGCGGACUGGAGGCCAGUUUUUGUUGCGCAUUGAAGAUACCGAUCAGGUUCGGACGCCGUCGCAGUCCGGUAUGAAACGUACGAUUCCAGGAGCAGAAGAGCGAUUGUACGAUGACCUACGGUGGGCGGGACUGAAUUGGGAUGAAGGCCCUGUUGUUGGCGGCCCCUAUGGACCAUACAGACAAUCUGAGCGAAUAGCCCUAUAUCGAACCCAUGCUGACGAUCUGAUCUCCAACGGCCAUGCCUACCGAUGCUUCUGUUCCUCAGAGCGCCUCGAUUCGUUCGCGCGUCACCGUAGCCAAGCAGGGCUGCCCCCGGGGUACGAUAGGAAAUGCGCCGAUAUCUCCUCAGAAGAAUCGGAAGAUAGAGCAUCCAGGGGCGAGGCACAUGUGGUCCGGUUGAAGGUCGAGGGUUACCCCAUGUUCAACGAUCUGGUCUACGGCAAAACGGGACAGAACAAGACCAACAGCAGCAAAUUGGAUUUCAUUGAUCGGGUCUAUGACGAUCCAAUUUUGUUGAAAUCGGACGGGCACCCGACCUACCAUCUGGCCAAUGUGGUGGAUGACCAUUGUAUGAAGAUCACUCAUGUUAUCCGGGGAACGGAAUGGAUGCCCUCUACGCCAAUGCAUAUGGCACUAUAUGCCGCUUUCAAAUGGGCUCCACCACGCUUUGGCCACGUUCCCCUGCUCGUCGACAAAACCGGGCAGAAGCUCAGCAAGCGGAAUGCAGACAUCGAUCUCUCCUCAUUCAAAGACCAACAAGGAAUCUUCGCUGCGACCUUGGUCAACUUUUGCUCUCUUUUAGGCUGGUCUCACUCCCAGAAGUCUGAUAUCUUCAGCUUGGAGGAGCUUGAGCAGAUUUUCAACCUCAAAAUUACUCGUGGAAACACUGUGGUUGCCUUUGAGAAGCUCUGGUUCCUUCAAAAGGCGCACGCUCAGCGAUUUGCGACAAAUGGCGGUUCCCAAUUUGAAGAAAUGGUGAACAGGGUGUGCACUGUCGUCGAAGAUGGCCACACCGUGGAGAAGCUUUCCUCUAUCCUCCAAGGCCGCACGCUGUCCGAGUAUAUCACUCCGCUCCUGCGCGCAGACGCCAAAUCUUACACGACAGCGAAAGAAUUCGUGGAGCGUAAUUCCCACUUUUUCACUACACAACUCGACCGUGCGCCAUAUACACCAACACCAUCCUCUGUCUCAUCAGAAUCUCCCACAGUUCCAAUGCAAGCGCUUCACACGGCGGCGGCAGCUCUGACCCUCGUCCCACCAGCCCACUGGACGAUCGAGACUCACCGUGAAAAUAUUACCUCCUACGACGGUUCCGACGCUGUCACCAUCCCAUCCGGGACUGCCAAUGCAGUCGCCACUGACAAGGUCUUUAAGAAAGAACUCUAUCAUUACCUCCGCUGGGCAUUGUCAGCUUCUGCACCGGGACCUGGUAUCCCGGAGAUUAUGGCUAUCCUGGGACGGGAGGAGACGCUGCGUCGAAUUCAGGAUGCCAAGGCUUUGACGCAGUCUCUGGUGCCGCAGACCGGACGACGGGUUCCGAAGGCUUCUGGGGAGAAGAAACUGCAGGAGGACCGAAGUUGGAUGGGAACCCUUGCUCCUGAGACAUAA